GGCGCUUGACAAGUGUUUGCGUUUUAAAUCCAAACAAUCAGCUUUGUGUUCGUGGUCAUUUGUUGGUGCCGCAAGUCCGCAGAAAAUGGAAACGAUUGAGCAAACCCAGUUUGAAAAUGUGUCCUUUAACGUGCCCGAGGUGUUGUCCCGCAUCCGCAAGCUUCAGGAGGAGGUGCGCGACAUCGUAAAUGCCAACUACGUGGACUUUGUCUCCGUCAACACGCACGAUGUGCUCGCCGGACUGAAAUCGCUGGAAACGGGAAUAAAAGAGCUCGUAGCUUCUACCAGCCAGCUGAGCGUGGAUAAGUCUAAUCUGGCCCGGAAUGACCUGCGUAACUAUCAGCGAGAUCUCGAGGAAGCCAUGCGCGGUUACAAGAUUGCCCGGAAGCUUCUGUCCAUACACGAUCUAUUCGAGAGCCUCAACCUGGCCGGGAAUGGAUUCGAGAAAACGGCGCAUUUACUGGGGAAAAUUAAGACGCUCCUGGACGAGGUGGAAGAUCCCGUGCUGGUAGAUAUGCACUGCUUUCAGGGCCUUAUUUUACGCUACGAAACCGAGUACGAAACGCUCAUUAACGAUCUGAAUGCCAAGUUCAACGAGCUGGUUCAGCUGCAGCAUCGCUCGUUUCAAAACACCAAAUCCGUCACGAUACGCAUUCACCGGGAUGAAACGGUCUUGUAUCAGGUGGUGGUAACGCUGCUGAAAACGCAGCACAAUUUCCGCACCGUUUGCCAGUUUCUGUUGGAGAACGUGUUUGCACCCGUUAUUGUAAAGCCCGUCUCGUUGAUAUGUGACGAAAAGUCGCAGGAUAGCAGCGUGCUGAUUCAACUGUCCUAUCAACUAUCGGUGGGAGAAGAGUUGCGACCCGGUUACAAGACGGUGCUCUCGAAUGUGAUGCAAAUCUUUUACAACCUAAGCAACAUGAACAUCGUUGUGUCGGAGGACGAAUGCCUGUUCAAGGUGCUUGCCAAGCAGAUGAAGAAGGAACUGUGCACCAUGCUGAUCGAACGAUGCCUCGAGCGCGACAUUCCCGGCACGAUUGAAGGCAUGAAGGAGUCGACGAUGGUGAAGGACCUGUGCGAGUUCAAUAAUUUCUUGAAAACUACCAACUUUGUGGACGGAGAAAAUGACGGGUUGCUGGAGGAGUAUGCGAACUCGAUUGACACGAUACACCAGAAGAAGCUUUGCGACAAUGUGCUUGAGACGGCGCUAGAAAUUAUGAAGCGCGAAAGCCACGAAAUGGUACCGAUCGAGGAUCACGAGUAUCAGUUCGUCGGAAGCUCGACGGCUCGACAGUCCAGCUGCAUGGUAACGCGCACGGUGGUGGAAUUGAAAAAGUUUCUCGACAAAGUGCUAGCGGAAGCGUCCGCGCACGGAGAUGCGGCCAAUCGGUUCAUUAAAACAAUUGCUACCAUCCUGGAACGAUACAUGGUGGAUGUGCCGAUGGCGAACGAGAAGCUACUUUUUAAGAUUCCCCAACAGUCGGCACUGUUUCGGAACGAUUGCACGUAUCUGAACUACUGGCUGCAGAAAAACGACGACAAGCUCAACGAUCACUGUUCGUUCGCCAACAUAUCGGACGCGCUAAAGGCUUGCGGAGAGGACAUAUUCCAGCAGCAGCUAAACAGUCAGCGGACACAAAUGAUGCAGGCAUUGGGAGGAUUUAAACUUCCCAUUCACCUGCUGGAGCUGGGCACUGAACAGCAGCGGGCCAUCCGGCAGUGUGUUCGACAGUUUGAACUACUGAAGAAUGUCUGGCAGACCGUUUUGCCGGAUCCCGUGUACAAGCAGAGCCUGUCCGGGCUGAUCGAUCAGUUUCUGCGGGAGGUUAUGAAAAGAAUACAAAGUCUGGAAGACAUCACGACCGCCAUUGGCAAUGGCCUGGUACUGCUUAUCGACAUCAUGACCGAAACGCUGCCAAAACUGUUUAAGGAACAAAGCGAGAUUCACCAGCUCGUCAAACAGUGGACGAAAUUGUUACAGCUGCGGCAGAUACUGUGCGGCUCACUGGUAGAAAUCACGGAACUGUGGGCCGAAGGAAAGGGUCCGCUGACGAUGUGCUUUAGCGCGGAAGAAAUCAAACACUUGGUUCGUGCCUUAUUCCAAAAUACUAAACAGCGACAGGCUUGCAUUGCUUCAAUCGUUUAGAAUAGAAAUUAAACGGGCGAAAAAGAAAACCACAACGCACUAAAAGCUAUUUUAUCCAUUAAUAAUGAUUAAGAUAAUGCGCGUCAGCAAGUAAUGAUUUUAAUGUAUGUAUGCGCGGCAUAAAAUAACUAUUUGCCUUGUUUUUUAAUAAAAAAAAUAUUUAUAAGUUGUCCUCGCAAA